AUGCCGUCCCGUUCGUCGAGUUCACGUCGUCAGACGAUGGCGACUUUGAAUCCGAUGUCGACGACGAAUUCGAGCCGCCGACAAACAAUUGAUCCCAGCUCGGCUGUUGGUUCGACUUCUAAAUCUCGACCUCCCCGGGGCCGCAAGUCGAUGAUUCCGAGCGUUGGAAGGGAAAACCUUAAUCCAGCGACUCCUCAGUCAGCUCGGCCAAUGAAGCAUUCUACGUCUACAGGAAAUCAUCGACGCCGAAGUAGUAUUGGCGGAGAUCGUCGGCAGAGUUUGGUACCCCCUUCUAUGCCCGCUAGAACCGACCCUCGUCCUCUUUCUGACAGAAGCUAUCAGCAAGAGUGUGCAAAAAGAUUACUAGACUUCCUAUCGAAGUCUAACUAUGAUCAUCCAAUCUCGCCGAAAAGUCUUAGAAGUCCAUCUGGAAAAGACUUUAUGAAUAUUGUCACUUUCAUGCUGCGCCUGGUAGACCCUAACUUCCACAAAGAUUCAAGCAUGAAGGUUGAAGAUGAGAUUUCCAUGAGCUUUCGAGCUAUGGGAUAUCCAUUUACUGUUUCCAAAACAAUCCUUGUUGCUGCUGGAUCACCUCAUAGCUGGUCAACUCUUCUUGCGGCACUAACGUGGUUAAUGGAAAGAAUUGAAUGCAUGGAAAACUGCAAGGAUGACGAUGAUGAUCCGGGACAAUUUGAGUCGGUUGAAGAACUCGAAGCAAAAACUGAUAAGGCAUUCUUCAAAUACUUGAGCGCAGCUUAUACUGCCUUUCUUAGAGGAGACGAAAAAGAAACAGAGGAUCUUGAAAAUGCGCUUGGCGAUCGAUUUGAACGAGACGACGAGCUUAUUGCUCAAGAAAUUCAAAUCAUGGAUGAUAAGAAUGGUGUGGUUUUAGAAGAGCUCACCGAACUCGAGAGAGCGGAAGAAGAUCUGCAGCACCAUAUCACACGCAGAGAAGACCUAGUGCAAUCCUUGGAAGGACUUGGAGAUGUGAUGACGCCAAUGAGCGAUGAGCUAGAGGAGAGGGAACGCCAGAAGUCAGAACUUACAAAUAAGUUGGAGGAAACUAAUCGGCAGCUUGAAAGAGUCACAUCCCGCAUAGAAGAGUUGAAAGCAUCUAUUGACAGCCAGGAGCUGUCGGUCGAGGAUACUAUGAAGAUGAAAAAUGAGCUCAAAGGUAUUGAAGAGGCCUACGACAGGACAAUCACUCUCCGGGAUCAACGCCGAAAGGCCUUGUGGGAUAUCGAUGACGAGCUUAAAAAGUCUUGGAAUGAUCUGGAGACUGUGCUCUCAGACUACAAUGCGCAACUCAGCGAACUUAAUUUGCUUCCCCUUGUAUCUGCAAAGUCAAUCAAUAUGAGAGCCUCCCUCGACAAGGCUGCUGUUGAUGAUGCUGACACAGCCAAGUUGAUUGGAGUUGAUCUUGUCUCUUCUGUUAUUCCAGCGCUAUCUUCAAGCAAACAGCAGUACAACGAAAAGCUGUCCGAAUCUAAAUGGAAAUACCAAGAAGCAUUGGAUAAACUUGAGUCUAGCGAGGAAGGCUUCACAGAAUCUCAUGACAAGCUAAAAAUUAUUGAUGCAAAGAUUGGAAAGUGCGAAGAGACCCUUCAAGCUGAGCGCAACGCCAAUGACGGCAAGUUGGCUGUCCGCGUCAGAGAGGCAUUAUCUAUGGAGACUCGCGUGGCUGCACUUCGUGAUCCUGUUGCUCUAGAAGAGCAGAUGGCUCAGUACGAACGCCAAUGUACAGAACUCGAGUCCCUUAGACAGAAGCAUGAGGAGCAAAAUAUCGCACGAAAGCGAGAUGUGAGCGGAGAAAUUCAACGGGCUUGCAAUGCAAUCAUGGAAUACGAUGAGCGCUGUUCGAAACAGAUCAGUGAAAUUCAUAAAUAUCGAAAUGAUGUGGAGGGUGCAAUGGGGGAGCUGAAUGUACCUGAAAACAGACUAUCUUAG